AUGACUCGCUCGCUUCUCUUACAGCGCCUACAGACGCUCACCAAUCAACAAACUCCCAGCCAGCCGCCCAGCAGGCCGCCUGACCUGCCGGCGGAAGCCGCGCAGAGGGCGGAGGCUGCUCGCGCAGGCGCCGACGCGACAGCAGCAGCGCAACGAAGGGGCGCAGCCGCAUCAGGGAGGGUUUCUGGGGAAGCGUCGGGUCAAGGGGAAGGGCGAGCGGAGGAGCAGCGCGGUGGCGUGCGGUUGGAGUCGGUUCUGGCCGCCAAUCCCCUUGUCGCCCUGCCUGCCGUCCCCCCUUACGCCUUCCGCUCGCCCUCCCUCCACUCUUCGCCCCUUGGCUUCCCCACUCCCCCCCUGCACACAAGCACUUACGAGCCUGCUGCGCCGGGCAAUGGGUCCACAGGCAGAGGCAAUACCAUGCUCGCAGGCACAGGCACGGGCACGGACACAGGCUCGGGAACAGGCACGGACACAGGCACGGGAACAGGCACGGCCACAGGCACGGGAACAGGCACGGCCACAGGCACGGGAACAGGCACGGCCACAGGCACGGGAACAGGCACGGCCACAUGCACGGGAACAGGCACGGCCACAUGCACGGGAACAGGCACGGGAACAGGCAUGGGCACAGGAACAGGCACAGGCACGGGAGCUGGCACAGGCACGCGCACAGGCAGGGAUUUGCGUGAGCGGUGGGAGCAGGCAUUGCAGAUCGGCAAGGGGCGGGCGAUUUGGGACGACGAGCAGACAAUAGCCCUGCUGGGGAUCUUGCGGGAUGUGCUGCGCGCUGAGGGCUCCCCCCUCCCGGGCAGGAUCGACUGGGGGGCGGUGCACCGCGAGUGGUUGCGGCGGGGGUUACCGCGGUAUUCGGGGGAGCAGCUGCGAAUGCGGUGCAAAGUGGUGCGGGGGUGGGUGAAGGACAUACAGGCCCUCCAAGCGAUGCUGCCGCCGGAAGUCGCCUGGGACCCCACCACUCAUUGCUUUAGCCCCGACCCCAAGCUGGGAAUCAUUCCGCGGCUGAAGCAGCGUGGGCAGUGGAAGCAGUACAGGCGGUGUGCUGGUGCUGACGUGGCUCGUGCUGAUGGGACUGGUGGCGCAAGCGCGGAUGAGAGGGACGAGUACCCUGCGAGGCUGGCAGCGCGGAUCGCUGGCAUGGUGGCGAGCAGGAGGGAGCAAGGCGGCACUGAGGGGGGAGGGGGCGGGGAUGGAAGAGGAGGAAACGCGAAUGCAUGGCGCGGGGUUGGAGCUCCUGAGGGACAGAAUAGGGGGGAGGAGAGGCAGGGAGGGGGGCGGGAGGAGGAGGGGAGAGCGGGGAGGGGCGUGAAGCGGUCGAGACCGGUGUGGGUGCAGGUGAGGGAGAGGAAGCGGCAGCGGCGGGUGAUGGAGAGUGUGGCGCGUGCCCUGAUUGUGUUCAGGGGCAAGGCGAGGAAGGGGCAGGAGCACGUGUACCGAGUCGCGGUGGCGGGGAGUGCAUUCAAGGCGGUGCAGGACCUGCAGGCGCUCCUUACACCCCUCUCCCCCUUCCCUUUCCUCUCUUCCCCCCCCCCACCAGACGCGGUAGCGGACAGUGUGGUGAGGGCGGUGCAGGCAGUGCAGGCGCUGCCCUCCCUGACGGACGUGCAGCGCGUGGCGGCCAUCGACGCCUUCCUGCAGCGCCCCCUCGACGCCCCCGCCUUCCACGCCAUGAGCCCCGCCCUGCAGACGCUCUUUGCUCUGCGCGCCCACGCCCAGGCUGUUGAUCAACAGCUGGCAGGGAUUCAAGCUGCUGCUGCUGCUGCUGCUGCUGCUGGGGGGGGAGAUGCGGCGGUCACAGACCAGCUCCUUGCGCCUCUGCAGGGCGGGGCUGGGGUGGGGCUGCAGGGCGUGGCUGGGGGUAUUGGAGUGGCGGGUGGGGGAGUGGCGAGCGGAGCGGGAAUGGGGGGGUUGGGUGGGGUGGGGGGUGUGGCGGGGAUGGGAAUAGGAGGAGUGGGAUUUGGGGGGAACGGGGUGGGGGGGAUGGCAACAACGGGUGUGGGAGCAGCAGGGAUGGGAACAGCAGGGAUGGGAACAGCAGGGAUGGGAACAGCAGGGAUGGGAACAGCAGGGGUGGGAGUGAGAAGCAUGUGGAUGGCUGAAACUCGUAGAGGGGGAAUGGGAUCGGGGAUACCGCGGAUGGGGGAAACAGGGUUCGGUUGGAGGGGUUUGGGAACGGUAGGACAAACGGAAGCAGAGAUGGAAGGAGGUGGCAGUGUGGGUGUGGGAAUGGCAGCAGCAGCAGUUGCGGCGGCCUCAGCAGGAGGAGCGAGGGGUGUACAGGGUGUGGGCGGGGGAGGAGGAAGAGGACGGGGGGUGGGAGGAGGCGGAGGGGUAGGAGGGGCAGAGGGGGUAGGAGAAGCAGCUGGGACAGCAGGAGCAGGUGGGGCAGCAGGAGCAGGUGGGGCAGCAGGAGCAGGUGGGGCAGCAGGAGCAGGUGGGGCAGCAGGAGCAGGUGGGGCAGCAGGAGCAGGUGGGGCAGCAGGAGCAGGUGGGGCAGCAGGAGCAGGUGGGGCAGCAGGAGCAGGUGGGGCAGCAGGAGCAGGUGGGGCAGCAGGAGCAGGUGGGGCAGCAGGAGCAGGUGGGGCAGCAGGAGCAGGUGGGGCAGCAGGAGCAGGUGGGGCAUCAGGAGCAGGUGGGGCAGCAGGAGCAGGUGGGGCAGCAGGAGCAGGUGGGUUGGGCCCCCCAGGUGGGAUGGGCGGCACACAAGGGGCAGGCAGCACAGCAGGGCUGCAGCUGCUGGCACAUCGCGUACAGGAGUUUCUGCGACAGAACCUGGGAGCAGUCAACGCCAGUCAAGGGGCAGUCAAUGCUGGUCAAGGGGGGGUGGGUGGCACUCCAGCGGGGGUCAACGGGGUUCAGUGCGAGUGCCCUGAGUGUGUGGCUGCUAGAACGCGUCAAGGCACAGUCAAUGCAAGUCAACAGAUGGCCAGCACGGGUCAACAGGCAGUCAAUGCUAGUCAAGGGGGGCUGGCUGGCACUUCAGUGAUGGUCAAUGAGCAUCAAUGCGAGUGCCCUGAGUGUGUGGCUGCUAAAUUGGCGGCCAUUAUUCGGCAAAGGGCUGUCAAUGGGAGUCAACCAGUGGUCAACGCGGGUCAAACAGCUGUCAACGCGAGUCAACCAGUGGUCAAUGCGGAUCCGACGAGGAGAGUGGUUGCGAAUCAGACGGAGACAGCUAUCGACCAAUUAGGGUUUGGUGCAGGUCAUGUGGGGACGGCUGUUGUGCUACAGACAAGAAAUGCUGGUCAAGCACCAGUCAACGCUGGUCAAGCAUCAGUCAACGCUGGUCAAGAAACAAGAAUCGCUGGUCAAGGAGCAGUCAAUGCAGGUCAAGGAGCGGUCAAUGGAGGUCAAGGUGGGGGGUUGAGUAGUGAGGAAGAGUUGCUUUCAGGUGAGAAUUUGAGUGCUGGAUGGUCUACGAGUGAGGGCGAGGAGUUGAGUGAGGGGGAGGAGUUGAGUGAGGAGGAGUUGAGUGAGGAGUUAAGUGAGGGAAGGGGAAUCGUGUGUGUGAGGGACAAUGGAGCUAUUGCGUAUGAAGCAGGGGCACUUGAGAAUGAGGGAUUGUGGCACGUCUGA